ACCCUUCAGCUGUGCUGCCUCUGCUGCGUGUCCCAUGCAGCCACUCUGACCGGUGACAGCAUCAGGGAGUGGAGCCAUGAUUAUGUGUUUGUGACACCCGUCAAGGUGGAUUCCAGUGGAUCGUACGUUUCGCACGAUGUCUUGCACAGUACUAGGAGGAAGAGAUCAGCUCAGAGUUCAAAGAGUUCCUUGCACUACAAAUUUUCAGCAUUUGGACAGGAACUUCACUUAGAACUUAAACCUUCGACCAUUUUAAGCAACAGUUUUGUUGUCCAGGUACUCGGGAAAGAUGGAGUCUCAAAUUCUCAGGAACAUGAAGUUGAGCAGUGUUUCUACCAGGGAUUUAUAAGGAAUGAUAGCACCUCUUCCGUAGCAAUAUCUACAUGUGUAGGCUUGUCAGGUUUGAUAAGGACACGGAAGAUGGAGUUCCUCAUAUCUCCAUUACCUCAGCAGCUAGCGCAGGAGCACAACUACACGUCACCUGCUGGGCACCAUCCUCAUGUCCUGUAUAAGCGAACUGCUGAAGAGAAGGUGCACCGGUACACAGUAGAGUCCAACCCCAAAUCCUUUUCUUUCGGUCAUCACAGGAUUCACACUUCCCACAAGGAUCAUGCUCCAGCGAAUGGUUACCACCACGGAAGGUUUCAAAAGCAACAUUUUUGUGGACAGCGCAAGAAAUAUGCACCUAAGCCGCCCACAGAAGAGUCGUACGUUCGCUCGGAUGAAUACGGGACUUCCACAAGGUUCAAAAGGUCAUCCGCUAAAAUUCAGAAAAACGGAAGCCUAAAUGUGGAAACCCUUGUUGUGGCAGAUAAAAAAAUGUUGGAGAAACAUGGCAAGGAAAACGUAACAACAUACAUCUUAACAGUUAUGAAUAUGGUUUCCAGUCUGUUUAAAGAUGGAACAAUUGGAAGUGACAUAAACAUUAUCGUUGUGAGCCUUCUUCUUUUGGAGCAAGAGCCGGGUGGAUUGCUGAUUAACCACCAUGCGGACCAGUCACUGAACAGCUUUUGUCAGUGGCAGUCUGCUCUGGCUGGGAAGAACGGGAAGCGCCAUGACCAUGCCAUCUUGCUCACGGGCUUUGAUAUCUGCUCCUGGAAAAACGAGCCCUGCGACACCUUAGGAUUUGCACCUAUCAGUGGCAUGUGCAGCAAGUACCGUAGCUGCACCAUUAAUGAAGAUACAGGCCUUGGACUGGCUUUUACAAUUGCUCACGAGUCGGGACACAACUUUGGUAUGAUUCAUGAUGGAGAAGGAAAUCCUUGUAGAAAAGCUGAGGGUAAUAUUAUGUCUCCCACACUCACAGGAAACAAUGGAGUGUUUUCGUGGUCUGUAUGCAGCAGGCAGUAUCUCAACAAAUUUCUCAGCACGGCUCAAGCUGCCUGCCUGGUUGAUGAACCGAAGCAAGCGGGGCAGUACAAGUACCCUGACAAACUGCCAGGGCAGAUCUACGACGCCGAUACCCAGUGCAAAUGGCAGUUUGGAAUGAAAGCAAAGCUGUGCAACCUCAGCUUUGUAAAGGAUAUAUGCAAAUCUCUCUGGUGUCACAGAGUGGGUCACAGGUGCGAGACAAAGUUCAUGCCAGCCGCGGAGGGAACAGCUUGCGGUAUAAGUAUGUGGUGUCGAAGAGGACAGUGUGUCAAAUACGGUGAUCAUGGACCCAAGCCUGUGAACGGCCAAUGGUCAGCCUGGUCCGAGUGGUCCGAGUGUACUCGCAGUUGUGGAGGUGGGGUCACGUAUCAAGAAAGACACUGCAAUAAUCCAAAGCCACAGUAUGGUGGGAAGUUCUGCCAAGGUUCCAGUCGCGUUUAUCAGCUCUGCAACCAUCCGCCGUGUCCAGCGAACAGCGUGGACUUCCGUGCCCAGCAGUGUGCCGAGUACAACAGCAAACCCUUCCGGGGGUGGUACUACAAAUGGAAGCCGUACACGAAAGUGGAAGAGGAAGACAGGUGUAAGCUGUACUGCACAGCUGAAGACUUUGACUUUUUCUUUGCCAUGUCCAGCAAAGUGAAGGACGGCACGCUGUGUUCUCCAAACGAGCACCAUGUUUGCAUUGAUGGAAUAUGUGAGCAAGUAGGGUGUGAUCACGGACUUGGUUCCAAAGCUGUACUGGAUGCUUGUGGAGUUUGUAAAGGAGAUAAUUCAACGUGCAAGUUCUUUAGAGGCCAAUACUUGAUCCAGCACAAAGCUAAUGACUACUAUGUCGUGGUCACGGUUCCAGCCGGAGCCCGCAGCAUACAGCUCCAGGAACUGCAGAUCUCCAGCAGCUACCUGGCGGUGCGCAACCUGGGCAAGAAGUACUAUCUCACCGGGGACUGGACAGUCGACUGGCCAGGGAAGUUCCCUUUCGCUGGAACCGUUUUCGAUUACCAGCGCUCUUUCAACCAUCCGGAGAGCCUGUAUGCAGCAGGACCCACUAAUGAGACGCUGGUCUUUGAAAUCCUGUUACAAGGCAGAAAUCCUGGGAUCGCUUGGGAAUAUACGUUUUCCAGCACCAACAGUGAAAACAAGACGUCUGUCAAAGCCCACAGCUACUCCUGGGUGACGGUGCAGUCGGAGUGCUCAGCGACUUGCGGUGGUGGACACAUCACAGCAAAAGCCAUUUGUGUAGAGGACCAUCGCACACGAGUCAAUUCUUCCUUCUGUGGCCCCAGGACGAAGCCUUUAACCGAAACAAAGCUAUGCAACACUCGUCCCUGCCCAGCGUACUGGUCCACGGGCGAGUGGAGCGCGUGCAGCAAAUCUUGCGGGGGAGGACAGCAGAGCCGCCCCGUUCGCUGUGUCCGGACGAGGGCUUUCCAACGGGAGGAGGUGGUGGCGCACGCCCUGUGUCCCGUCAGCACCCCCACGCAGGAGCAGCUGUGCAACAGGCAGGACUGCCCACCCCAGUGGAGCCCUGGCCCGUGGUCUCAGUGCUCCAAGACUUGUGGGAGAGGCGUUAAGAAACGGGAUGUCUACUGCACAAGCACCGGCUCUCCCAAGGUUAAAAUCUUGCCUGAAAGUAUGUGCAGCAGCGACCGGAAACCCGAGUCCCAGCAGACCUGCGUGCUAGGACGCUGCCCCAGAAACGACCGACUCCAGUGGGUGGUUUCUUCCUGGAGUGAGUGCUCAGCCUCUUGCGGCCCAGGCGUACGAAAGCGAGAACUAAAAUGUGGUGAGAAAAGCAUCCAUGGGAAAUUGGUCACCUUUCCUCCGAGAAGAUGCAGAAACAUCAAGAAACCAAACGCCGACCUGGAAGAGGCUUGCAACAGGGGAGCCUGUCCAUCCCAAAGCUCGUAUAACACCGUGUCUGGCUGGUACUCCUCACCCUGGCAGCAGUGCACAGUGACGUGUGGCGGGGGAGUGCAGAGCCGGAGCGUGCAGUGCCUGCACCACGGAAGACCAGCUUCUGGGUGCGUGCCCCAGCAGAAACCAGCAGUCCUGAGAGCCUGCAACACCAACUUCUGCCCCGUCCCUGCGAAGAGAGAUGACCCUUCCUGUGUGGAUUUCUUCACCUGGUGUCACCUGGUACCCCAGCACGGUGUCUGCAACCACAAGUUUUAUGGCAAGCAGUGCUGUAAAUCGUGCACCAAGAAGCACUGA